AUGGUCAGGCAUUCAAUGACACGAUCCAAAAGCUGGAGCUCUUCAUCGUUUGACCAUCGAGAACGCAAGUUCGAUCUUUUCAAUGACUCAAAUCAAAAGCUCGAGACAUCCUCAGUCUUUGACAACAUGCUCUCUGUGUUUCGCAAAAAGAUGAACCUCGAAAAGAGCAUAGACAGACUAUACGAGCAGAAGCUCAUGGAGUCUGAGUUACAGCAGAAGGAAAAGUUGAUUCACUUCAAGGUUUCCGACGACUCUCCUUCUUCGAAUGCGGCACCUGUUCCUUCUGAAUGUCAUCAAGUGAAGAACGAUGACGCUAAGUCAGGUUCACCGAGAUCGGCUUCUGUACGUCUUGUGACAUAUUCAACAGAUACCACUUGUGUGAAUGGACCGGCCUUUGUGCAGACUUAUAAGUCGAUCCAAGAUGAGGUUGAAAAUGUCCAGAUACAGCUGGAUGGUGAAGAAGAUGACCUCGUGCCACAUGAAGUGAAGCCGCAGGAACAAGCAGGCGAUUCUCCAGUGAAUAAGCAGAUCCCGGACAGGAAAAGCUUGUCUGAAUCUUCGCUGAAUGUAUCGCCCCCCAAGGACAAUGCUGCUCCAACCAAGACGAGCUAUUACAUAACAGUGAAUUGCUGUCCCCCUUACAAGAUCAUCAGUGCUAGCGGAACCUGGUUGGAUCGUUUUGGAUUCCAUGCCGACGAGGUGUUAGGGAGAUCGUUGCGUCUCUGUUAUGGGCCUCUUACGAAUGCUGCGAGCCUCUCAAAGGCUCUGACGGAAGCAAGCACUGCUACAGGGAGUGUGAACCAUCUUGCUACCCUCUAUGAUCGUAACGGCACGCAGAUCCUGUGCAGCAUGAAUGUAAAUGUAACCAAGGACGAGCACAUGAUGAUCAUACUGCUGCACGAGGUGGACAAGGAUGAAUCCAAGGACAAGAAAAAGUCUUCUGAGAGCUAUGAUGCUGCAACUUGCAGCCGACGCUCAAGAUGGUCAGACUCAGGUACCGCGGAUGAGUCUCUGGGCAGUGGGGUCCUGGCGCAUCUGAAAGCUCUGAGAAACUACCGUUGCCUACAGUCAAGCACGUAA